GCGGCCAGGGAAAGGCAGCCAGCGCGCCUGCUCUGGCCUCCUUCUCUUGCCUCUUUCGAACCACUCGGGCGCUGUUGGUGACGCCGCCGGACACAAUAAGGAAAGGCGGGCGCGAAAAAGGGGGGCAGCGCUGCUUCUGCUGCUUAUUCUUUUCUCUCUCUCGCAUGUGUGUGUGUGUGUGUGUGUGUGUCUCCCCCCGCGCUAUCAAGGCCUAGUUGGGCGGCUGGACUCCGGUGUGUGAGGGGCAUUUGAGCAGCCCCCCUUUCCACCCCCCCCCCACCUCCAGUUAAUUCAGACGGUGCUAAGUCAGCCUCAGUCGCGGCAGGCGAGGCUAAAGGCAAGGCUGCAGGGUUGGCGGCGGAAAGCGCAGGCCAAAGGAAAGGCCUAGCGUCGUCUCUGAGGCGCCGGUGUCUGGGCCGGAACGUCUCCUCAGCGCGAUGGUGUGAAAGCCGAGAAGCGCCGGAGUGAAGAUGGCCGGUGGUGGUAGCGGCGGCGGCGUUGGCAGAAGUGUCGGGGGCUUCGAGCCGAACCGCUUUCUCGCUGCAUUGGAUAAAUCAGAAUCCAAGCGGGAUGGAGGUUUUAAAAAUAGCUGGAGCUUUGAUCAUUCAGAAGAAAGUGAAGGAGAUACAGAGAAAGAUGAAGCCAGUCUGCUCAGUGUAGAUGAGAGUGAUGGAACCUGUAGUCCUAAUGGUGAAAAGAAGUUACCACGUUAUCGCUCAACAGCAAUUGGUGCCAGAGGCGAUUCCUUAAGAACAUACACUAGACGAAGCAAAACUGACGCUUCUAGAGUUCCGAAAGGAAACCCAAUUGGACUCAACAUGUUGGGAAGCAGCAAGAAAUUAAGUGAAAAUGUUCAUAAUAUAUCUUGCCCUGCAACAGUAGUACAAGCUAGACGUUGUCACCAUGUUCAUGCACAAACACCUGUCGUAAAAACAGCAGCACAAAGCAAUCUGGAUCGAAAAGAAAGAAAAGAAUACCCCCCUAAUAUUCCGAAGAUAGAUAAUGAGUACAUUAGAUUGUCUCGGCUUCGGGAGACAAAAAGUGUGAUGGAGAACAGAGAAGAGUCUGGGUCAGAGUCAGGAAUAAUAAGGAAGGUACAACUGAAACGUCACUGCACUUUAUAUCAGUCUGAUUUGCUUCCAUCUCCUGCUACAAAAAAAUGUGCAACCCACCUAGAGGACUUGGAACAGAAUAAUUACUCCACAGUUUGCUCAUGCAUUGCAAAAGGAAAUGAAAGUCAGACCAAAUGCCAAAUGUGUAGGACUUUUUACAUUGGGGGCUUGCAAAGACAGUCCAUGCAAAGUGUGGCAUUAAAUGAUACUUUGGAACCUUUAGCACGCGAUUCAAUACAUGAUCAUUCAACAGGGCAAAAAUGUUCAAGUACAGGACUAAAUGCAAAAAAGUUCUAUGGAUCUUCUCCUGGGGCAGUUUCGGCUGAUUUCAUGGUGAGGCGCAAUAUAGGCCCUGCUAUGUUGCGGCCCAAUGGAAAAGUUGGUUCUAAAGUUACAGGAAACUUAAGGCAGAGGAGUACAACAGCAUCUGAACUAAAUGAUCCAAUUGUCUUGUCUAGUGAUGAUGAAGAAGAGGAUGAGAUUGGAAGUGCUAAUAGAAUGGAGAGCAUCUCGCCACGUCCAGCGGAUUCAGCCUGUUCUUCUCCUGCACCUUCCACAGGAAAGGUGGAGGCAGCCUUGAAGGAAAACACUUGUGAACUAGAACAAAGGCUAACUAGUAUUACAGCUGACACAGAACCUGCAGUCACAUUACCAAGAAAAGCAAGAAUGAAAGACCAGUUUGGCAAUUUUGUAUCCAAUGCCCCAGUAAAACGUCGUAAAGUUCUCUCCCAAGAAGUUGCAGCUGAUGUUAUUCCAUCCUUAAAAUAUCAGAACUCCUAUGAAAGUGUCAUCCUAAACUGUCGAAGUAUAAGAAUAGGAACCCUGCGAAGAAUGGUGAUGGAACCUGUAAUUUUUUGCCUAGACUUUAUCAAGAUACGUUUGGAAGAGUCAGAAAAUGAUACUAGUGAUAUUAAUUUAAAAACCUCUGAACUUACAAAGUGUGAAUGGUGUGGUGUACGCAAAUUGCCAGUAGUUUUCCUGAAAACUAUACCUGCUGCCUGCCAAACCUUGAGAUCCCAUCUGAAGAUGAACAGGGAGAAGGACAAUGUCUGGUAUGACUGUAAAGGAUUAAAUCCAGAAGAACAAUACAUCAUUUUAAUUUUUGAGACGGGUCUUGAUCCUCAUGCAAAUGCAAUAUUUGAAAAAAUAAUUACUGAUAUUGGUAUCAGGAACAACAUCUCUGAUUUUUUUGUGAAAAUUCCUUUUGAAGAAGCAAACAGUAGGCUUGUGGCCUUUACAAAAUCCUUUGAAGACACUUCUAGAGGAAACGCUGCUCAUAAAGAAGGCAAAACAAAACAUGUUGUCCCUGAAUCCAAGAUGCAGCUGCGAAAUACAACACAGUUCCAGUUUUUUGAUGACGAUGAAAGUGGGGAACCACAUACAGUCUUUAUUGGUCCAAUAGAAAAAUUGAUAGUAUAUCCCCCUCCUCCAUCAAAGGGUGGUAUUUCUGUCACCAAUGAAGAUCUCCAUUGCUUAAAUGAAGGAGAAUUUUUAAACGACGUUAUCAUUGAUUUUUAUUUAAAGUACCUGGUGCUUGAAAAGUUGAAAAAAGAAGAUGCUGAUAGGAUUCAUGUGUUCAGUUCCUUUUUCUACAAACGCCUUAAUCAAAGAGAAAGGAGAAACGUUCAAGAAACCUCAAAACUCACAAUUCAGCAGAAACGCCAUGGCCGAGUGAAAACAUGGACACGACAUGUGGAUAUUUUUGAAAAAGAUUUUAUUUUUGUUCCCCUUAAUGAAGCGGCACAUUGGUUUUUGGCUGUGAUCUGCUUUCCAGGUUUAGAGAAACCAAUCUAUGAGACCAAUCCAUACUACCAGGAAAAUGUAUCUCCACAGGUUAAAUCUUCCUCUUUAGAUCAAGACAGAAGCACUUCAUCUCCUUUAUCUAGUGAAUUGGAUAUAUUGCAGCAAUCCUCCUCUGCAACAAUAACAAAGAAGGUGCUGAGCAGGAAGCAUAUUGCAGCAUUAACUGACACAAGCACAGAAGCUGAGGAGAGCGAGUCGCUGUAUUGCAAAAGAAGCCCUUCUGUGAAAGGUGGCUUUAAAAAACUAAAUCAGUUAAACAGCACCACAGAAGAACUGAGAACUGUGGAACAUGUAUGUCAUAAACAUGACCGUAGGGCUUCAGAGGCGAAUGGCAUGCAGAGCGAACAUAAAACUCACAUCCAGGCUGCUGAUGGCUUACAGAAAAUCAGGCUAAGCUAUAGUGAAGAUUCAGCUGACAGCAGUAAACUAAAUGAAGAUGAGCUCAUAGAUUUUUCAGAAGAUCAAGAUAACCAGGACAACAGCAGUGAUGAUGAUGGCCUUGCAGAUGAUACUUGUAAUUCAGAAUUAGGACAAUGGCAUCUGAAGCCAAAUAUAUGUAAACAGCCUUGCAUUCUGCUCAUGGAUUCAUUGAGGGGUCCUUCCCGAUCAAAUGUCGUCAGAACACUAAGGGAAUACUUGGAAGUGGAGUGGGAAGUCAGGAAAGGUAGUAAAAGAAGUUUCUCCAAAGAUGUCAUGAAAGGCUCAAACCCUAAAGUGCCACAACAGAACAACUUCAGUGAUUGUGGAGUUUAUGUGCUACAGUAUGUGGAGAGCUUUUUUGAGACUCCUAUUAUAAGUUUUGAACUACCAAUGAAUCUAACAGACUGGUUUCCACGCCCAAGAAUGAAAACAAAACGAGAAGAAAUAAGGAACAUAAUCCUGAAUCUGCAGGAACAGCAGAACAAAGAAAAGAAGGGUCAGAAGGACAAUAAUUUGACAGAAAAAUCCUUUCAGGAAGGAACAGAACAAUUUAUCAACAGCUGUUCAGACUGAAUCUUUUUGUGGCAUGUUAUCCCUACAUUCAAAAAACUGAAAUUUACCAUAUCCUGUCUGCUCAAAUUAAGGACUCAGAGUAUUAUCAAACUUACUGUUGAUGCUUAUAUAAAACACGUGUCAUUAAUUGAACAGAUUCCCCCUCAAUGUAUUAACUAGACAAAUUUGUACAUAUGUUAAUUAGGCCAACUUUUUUCAACAUUUGUAAUUAAGUUUUUCACUACUUAGGAAACCUUUGUUUAUGUACUUCUGUUAAUAGAACAAUAGUAACUUCUAGACACAAAGCAAAUAAAGAAAAUAUUUAUAGGAUAAAUUGGUUAACUUUUUCUGUGUUAAGUAAAGUUGUCAUUGAACAUUUCCCAGUAAGAGUUCUAGAACGCAUGGGGAAUGCUUAUGUAGCAAAGUAAUCAAAUCCAUACUUUGAUUUACAGUUGCCGUUACAAGAUGUUCUGCUUCAGCUAUGUACAACAGUGUAAGAAUGUGUCUAAAUGCAUUGUGUUUCCAAGGUGAGUGGUUUGCAUUUUCAAUCCAAGUGCAGGCAAUGUAAUCUUCAGUAAGGAAUGCUUCAGAUAAUGGAAGAGGGUACUUCACAAGUGCUUGGGAUAAUGCUGCUUUCUGAUCACAAGUCUUACUCAAGCAGUAUUUAACACAGUCUCAAAUACAGUCAGCUUAAGUAAUAAUGUUGGAUCCUUUUUUGUGGUUCCUAAAUGUUGUUUAACUGUAUUUUGACAAUUCUUUCAUUAUAAAAUUGUAUUUUUGGUAAGUGUGCUUGAAAUAGCAGCAAACUGCCCACAUUACAUUUUCUGUGUCAGAAUUCUGAAUGUUGCAUUCAUAUGUGCUUUAUCUAUCUGAUGAACAUUUUUUUUAAUGUACGAGUACUAUUUUUUGUAAUGCCCAGAAAACCAAAAUAUUGCUAGACUUCAUUGCUUGCUUGCUUCUUAAUUUUGAGUAGAGUUGUCUAAUAAUACUGAGUCAACUUGUUGGCAUAUUUACAUGAUGUAAUUUGAUUUUUAAAUUAUGUAAAAAAAGAAAAGAAAAAAGUACAGCCUUAUGAUACUAGCCUCAAAAAGUCCAAAAGAAAGGAACUAUCUUCCACAAAUUUUAUAGAAAUAUUCAGAAGGUAUUGUAUUCAAAAUGAGGGAAGAAAAAAACUCCUUUGCGUAUGUUUUUUGUGUAACAAUGCCUUUGUUCAAAAGAGUCCUUUGUGAUCUUCUAUAUCGGAAGAUACUGUUGGAUGGAAUAUCGGGGUGGUGGUGGUGCACAGUAGAUAAAGCAGGGAAUUUAUACAACUACCACAGCCACACAUACUUUUCAACCUGUUUACAAGUAGACAGAAUACAUACAAAUUUCAACCUCUGUUCUCAGUUCUGGAUUCUUCUUGGUCUGCUAGGUAUUCACAUUAUUUAAGGCAACUAGCUUGAAGAUUGCUUUGUCCAAAGAUGUGUUCCGAAGAUCACAUGAUUGG